AUGGUGAUGAUGAGUCCAAUGAGUGGGCCAGCUCGACACGCUCUCGUCCCUCGAUUUGUCAAGACACUGGUGGCUACGUCCAAGAGAAAACCCAUUCAAAAAUCGUCACAAACGCUCGGUAAACGGCGACUUCAAGCCAGAGCUGCGGCAGCUGCACCAAGCAACACUCCAUUCCAGCGUAUAUCGCUCUCCUCUGUUAAUGAGGAUGAGCUGCAAGUCAUCACCACCACUCUCGUCGACGCGAACUUCGAACAGUAUCAAGAAUUUGACGGCGUAGACUCCAAAUUUUGGAAACUCGUUCAGAUAAAGAACCACAUUCGACUGUAUACCGAGAAACGACGGAAGCAGCAAGCCGAUUCUGGACCAGAUUUAUACUCAAUGCUCUGCGUUGGGUCAAUUUCCGGUGCUCUCGACGACCUAAUGUCUGGUACUGUCAAGCGAGCCAAUGAUCCCAGUGGCGCUGCAUUGCUUUCUACUGUCCAAGAACCGACUAUGGAAGACCCUGUCCAGUCUAUCACACUUAAGUGGAUGGACUUGGAUGUGCGUCGUCGAACAAUGGGGAUCGUUAAGAACCGCGACUACGUUUACGUCGAAGCUACAGGUAUCAAGUACCUACCUAGCGGUGGACGUGUGGGGUACCAUUUCAUGCACUCGGUGGACAUUCCAGAAACCCACAGCUUACCAGACCGAGUUGGAGUAUCACAAGAGGCGUCACGCUGUCGGCUGAUUCUGUCAAUACAAACUACUCAGCUGCUACGCAGUACCUAUCAAGCCGCCAGCCAAUACCUCAAGAACGUGCUGGACGCUAAGGACGACCCUCUACAGCAGCAGAAGAUCAAUGCUUGGAUGGUCAUGGACACAGCCCUUCGCACCCAGAUCAAGGAUGGCUCCCUCGGUGUGCUGCAGUCCAACGACCCUGUGACUCCCCACACGAGCGCCCAGCUCGUGGCCAAGAUCGGCAGCAUCGAGCUGCUACAGAAGGCCACGCUCGAGUGUCUAGGAUACCUUUGUGACGAGUUGGAGGAAGGUGCCAUCGACGAAUAG